AUGGUGCGCCUAGUUUCCGUCGCCCUGCACCAUCGGGAUCGUUUUUCCGAGGAAUGCUUCCGGAAAACUCUUGGCUACCAGUCGUACCAUUGGGGCAUCAUUAUCAUGCCCCAAGAAGGCCAAGGGCAACUUUGCCACACCUUCGAGGCCACCGACGCAUCGGAGAUCGACCCCGUCACUUUCCGACUGCAGAACCCUACCAUGGACUGGUGGAUGCGUUCCAGGUUGGACGUCCACCUAGAACUCAGCGGUAAGCUGCUGGGUCGUAUCGUCAUCGGACAGGUGCCAGAGGAGAUGUCGACGGCCGAUCUGAAGGAUGUGUUUGACAAGGUGCCAUUGCCGGUCAAGGAUACGCAUCCGCAGCAGAGCUGCGUGACCUGGGCUGUGGAUGCCAUUCGUCAUCUGCAAAGACUUGGUUGGGUGUCGGAAUUUCAACUCGACCAGUUCAUGGACUCGGCACUCGCCUAUGGCCAUGAUCGGAUGCUGAAAGAUGGCAAAUCGACGGAGCCGAAAGUGAAGUAUUACAGUGUUGAGCAACCACAGUAG